UACCCCGCACGGACAAGUCAGCUAGCCCGACGUAUCGUUUUAAUUUGCACCACAAUGGCAUUCUUCCUGGUGGCAUGUCUGCCAUGGGUUUGUUUCAUCCUCCUCUCCCUGUACGUCUUCCAGUUGUUCGCCGAUGCGCGCCGCCGCCUUCCACCCGGCCCAUGGCCGCCGAAGCCUCUCAUCGGCGACCUCCUUGCCCUUGGGAAGGGCGACCAGCAGCACCGCUCCCUCGCGCGCCUCGCUGACCGCUACGGCCCCGUCAUGUCGCUCCGCCUCGGCACGGUCCUCACCGUCGUCGUCUCGACGCCGGACGCCAUGCGCGAGAUCUUCCACAAGAACAAGGAUAACCUCGCGGGCCGCCCCACCGCCGACGCCUUCAACGCCAUGGGGCACAGCGCCAACUCCCUCCUCGGGCUGGAGCACCCGGGCGUCAGGUGGCGCGCCAUCCGGAGGUUCUCCACCGCGGAGCUGCUCGCGCCCAGGCGGCUCGCCGCGCUGCAGCCCCUGUGCCGGGACAAGGUGCGGGGCCUCGUCCGCGGCGUCUCCGAGCUCGCGGCGCGCGGCGAGCCCGUGCACGUCAGGCGCGUCGCGCUCGACAUGGCGCUGAGCUUGAUGCUGAGCGCCAUCUACUCCGUCGACCUGGACCCCGAAUCGACGGCCGUGUUCAGGUCGGUGGUGGAAGAGGCCAUGCUGCUGAUCGGCACGGCGAACCUUUCGGACCUCUUCCCGGCGAUCGCCGCCCUCGACCUCCAGGGCGUCCGCCGCAGGGUAGCGGAACUGUUCACCAUCACGUACCGCCAAUACGACGAGCAGGUUGCGCGUCGCAGGCCCGAGCGGGACGCCGGCGAGGCUGGCAAGAACGACUUGCUAAACGUGGUGCUCGACAUGGAGCGCGAGUGGCAACAGAAGGGCUCCGUACUAAGCCACGACGCAAUGAGAGUAUUAUUUACCGAUUUAUACGGUGCUGGAGCCAGUACGACCUCGGUAUUAAUCGAGUGGGCAAUAGCAGAUCUACUGCAAAAUCCAGAGUCAAUGCGAAAGAUAAAGGAGGAGAUCACAAAUGUCAUUGGCACGAAUGCACAGAUCCAAGAAUUUGACAUCGCCCGGCUCCCAUAUCUUCAGGCCGUUGUGAAAGAAACCCUUCGUCUUCGUGCUGUUGCGCCAUUGGUGCCUCGCAGAGCCGAGGCAACGAUAGAGGUCCAGGGCUUCACCAUUCCUAAAGGCACCAACGUAAUUCUGAACUUAUGGGCUAUCAACCGAGAUGCUAGGGCAUGGAAUGACCCGGAUAAAUUCAUGCCCGAGAGAUUCAUCGGCAAUGACAUCAAUUAUCUGGGACAAAAUUUUCAGUUUGUUCCAUUUGGUGUUGGACGACGCAUUUGCCUUGGAUUGCCACUAGCACAAAAAGUGAUGUACCUUGUUCUGGGGACACUGGUGCAUCAGUUUGAAUGGACCCUUCCUGAAGAGCUCAAGGAGACUGGUAUAGACAUGACAGAAAAAUGUGGAAUGGUGCUAUGUCUCGCAAACCCCCUCAAAGUCAUGGCUAAGAAAAUGUAGUGAAACACUUCAGUGAAGUAUUCAAGAGUAAGCACAUUUGCCAAAAUUGAUAUGACACCAUGUGAUCGAGCAUAUGUACUGUUAUUAGCUGUGGAAAGUAAGUGUGUGUAUGAAUAAUGCCGUAGGUGUGUGUAUAUGUUCAGUACUUGUGUAACACAGGAGUACAAAUUCAGAUAUAUAUCUGAAGAGUUCUGUGGGUACUGGGUAAGUAAAUUGGCUGGACCCUUGUAGAGGGCUAGCUCCCAAUAUCUAGUUCAGUUGAACAUAAUAAACUCAAUGCUUGUAAAAUAGAAGGUAAAGUGAAUGUAUUACUUACGAAUAAAUAUGUUGCAAAACUAUGCAUUAUUUGAAA